GCACCUUGUUUGUGCAUGGAGAUUGGUACGAUGUAGUACGUAUACUUGGACUUCGGUAUCGUCAAGCUUGGGUCAGCAUUUUGUUGAUUUUAGUCAGCCUAUAUAAGGGAACAACUUUCUACUUUUUUCUUACGAAUUUCGGAGACGACAUCGACAGACAUGAAGCUGAUCCUGGCUCUAGCAGUCACCGUGCUUUUUUCGGGGGUGGUCGCCCGAACGCUUCCGCCUCCACCGCCCGGCGGCACCCGGCCUCCACCACCCGAUGGCACCAGGCCUCCACCGCCCGAGGGCACCAGGCCUCCACCACCCGAGGGCACCAGGCCUCCACCAAUCAUUGACGGAUUUGCCUUGACCCGGCCUCCACCUCCCGAAGGCACAAAGCCUCCACGUCCGGAUGGCUUCGGGCCUUCAUCGUCCGAAGAAGACGACAACCGUCCUUUCCGUCCUGAAUCGUCCGAAGAAGACCGUCCCUAUGGCGUCAGGCCUCCACCUCCCGAGGGUCCCGAUGGCGUCAGGCCUUCAUCGUCGGAAGAAGACGACCGCCGUCCGUACCGUCCCGAAGGCGACCGCCGUCCUUUCCGUCCCGAAGACGACCGCCGUCCGUACCGUCCCGAAGAAGACCGCCGUCCUUUCCGUCCAGAAGGCGACCGCCGUCCUUUCCGUCCCGCAUUGUGAUUUUAGCCAUAGUAGUAGUAGCCGCUAUUUCAAAUGUCUUCUUUAGUACAGCUUUUACCAAGUGAAACCCUCUGUUUGGCAAAACUGAGAUAUAGAAUCCUAUACCUAAUUGAAUAAGUUGGGAAUAAGCUUAGAGCGAUAUCCUUUACCACGCUGUGUAUGAGAUGUUGUCUCAUGUAAAAUGACCUGCAAGCAAAACUCCUAUGCUACGUUGAAGUGUAGUAGACAUGUUGUCCAUCGCAAAUAAAUAAAACACUUCUAUAGAUGCUAAGCACAAAAGAAAUAAAACAUUUCACAGACUUCUAAUGAUUUUGUGUUUAAUUCUAGAAUAAAUGUGUUAAUUAAGAUCCUCGCACAGUAUAACCUGCAGAAAAUAUAGCAAUUGGUUUUUCGUACUAGUACUAGUAUAUAUUAUCCCUGCACACCAACGAACAGAAGUAUA